CAACCAACCCCUGCUUUGCAGCCGCACGUCGCCGGCGGAGGUGGCGGCUGGAGGCCGGGCCCAGCCCCGCGACACGAAGCGUCCGGGUGCUUCUUGCCGCGUGGCGGCCUCCACUACUGAGGCGGCGGAAGCGCGACCCUCAGAGCGCCGGCGAGGAGUCACACUCCGGCCGCGCGUCGAGGAGCACCUCGCCGUUCCGCACCGGGCCGCGGGAGCCAGUCAUCUGGGAAUAGCCCCCAGGGUCGUCACGAUUCGUGCAAGCGAUCGCACCGCUUAUUAAACUCUUGCGAACCGACGGCGGUGAUUAAUUCGUAACGAACGCAUAUUCUUUUUUACCCUAUUUUUUUUUUAAUUAAAACUCACCCUUUAUCUACAACAUAUAUUUAUUUAAAUAUUUAUUUAAUAAUAAUAAUAUAUAAUUUUGAUAUCCAAAUCUAUUUGAUUCCUUUUGCAUACAAAAUUUAGAGGUCCACAUUGGCUCUCCUCUCUCGUUCACAAUUCCUUCAACUCAACAAACACUGUGUUACUCCUCUUCUUCUCCUUCUUCUUCUUGUUGCUGCAAGAAAUCAACAUGUCAACAAGCACUUCUUCCUCCUUCCUCCUCAAAACCUUCCCUCAAAGCUUCCUCCAGAGAUCUCACUUCCACUGCCACAAUCACACAAACAAGUGCAGUUUUGGAUUGACCAGGAGCAAAAUCCACUUGAGGCCUUUCCUCCUCGUUGUCUCCUCCUCUGCGGCCGGAGUUGCGGUGGUUGGCCAAGGCCAGGACAGCAAGUACUUGGCUAGAGAGAGCCAGUGGGGAGUGAGGAGGAUGGUGAAGGUGGGAGAAGAGAUGAGGAAGGUGGCUCACGUCCAAGCGGAAGCUUUCCACACUCCGGUCGCCUUGUUCGACGACCUCUUCUUCGAUUUCUUUAAAGCUGAGGUGAUCUCUGCUCUUUCUUAUCGAGUGCUGAAUUCACCGCCCGAUAGGUAUGCUUGUUUGGUUGCGGAAGCUGUUGAUGAACAUAGUUCAAGUUGGGAGCCGCAGAAGGAGAUUGUUGGGGUUGUUGAUGUCACCGUACAGCGAGAUUAUGAUGUUCUUAGUCAUAUUCAAGGCGAAGGGGAGUAUCUCUACGUUUCAGGAAUCGCAGUUUUAACAAAGUUUAGGAGACAAAAGGUAGCGACUGCGCUGCUCAAGGCUUGUGACAUGCUAUCAGUUUUGUGGGGCUUCAGCUACUUGGCACUGCGAGCUCAUGAAGACGACUUCGGAGCACAGAAGUUGUACACGAACGCAGGCUACCAAGUGGUUUCCAGAGACCCUAUCUGGAUUACUUUGAUCGGGAGAAGGCGACGCGUUCUCAUGGUUAAGCGAUCUCCUUUUUCUGAAACUUCACAUGAACAAGUUGAAAUUUUGUAGCAUAUAUCCUUUGCGCUUUUCUUUUGGUUACCGAUUGGAUUAUCAGAAAAGAAGGUGACCAUUUUGUUACUGUAUUAUUAUGAAUGUAAACUACAAAUUCAUUCGGAAAGAGAGAACAAUUGUGGCAAAUUGUUCCUUGCUCUUGCAA